AGCAAACGGGAACAAAUCAAAGACUUAAAGAUGGCUGGAUGUGAUGGAAAUAGUGGAGACGGGUUUUGGAAGCAUGGUCUAAUCCCCCUCUAGUGUAUAAGCUAGGGAGGGGGUGAGCUGCUGCUGUGUAUUCCCUAACCAGUGUACUGUAAUGUUUUCUUUACUGCCGCGCUGGUUUUUCGACGUUAACGUGAGCUUGCGCGCGCUUGUGUACCGAAUUUAAACGUGAUCAAAGCUGAGCUGCAGUAUGCGUCCUGGACUAGGGGGGAUUAAGGUAAAGCCGUGAGUGUUUUCCGUGAGUAGUAGUGACGCAGACACGCCAGACAAGGCCUCGGUUACGACCACUGCAGUGGAGGGGAAGGGGAAGGUGAAUGGGGCAACAGCGACCUCCGUGGGCAAUGAGACCGGAUGCUUCCUGUGCGCAAUAGUGGCUCAGACAAAAGGAGGGGAAGGGCUUUAUGGCGAUAUUUAGAUCCGCCAGACAGGCUGUUAUCUGCAGAGGCAAAAGAAGUGAAUAGCCCCUGCGGUAAACUGGGUGAAAAACACACCCUGAUUUAGGUUUACAGCCUGAGAGCCAUUGGCAGAGCGGCGUUUUUUCCUGCUCUGAAGGUGUUUGUCUAUUCGAACUUUUAGGGCACAAAUAGGCGCACAGCCGCUCCUUUUUCCCCCCUCGGCGUUUUUUGAAGUCUCUUGGCCAAAUAAUGUGCAAGUACCAGGGAGGUGAUAGCUCGCAAUUGCAGAGCACAUUAUCGACAGCUUGUGUCUUUUUUUUCCCUUUAAGGUUCUCUUCUUAACGCAAUAACAGAGAGGGGAGAGAAUUCCUGCGUGUUGGAUAGCCUGUGGCCUUGUGGGGUGUUGGCCAAGCUCUGCGUUUAUUUGCUGGUAAUAAAUAAAACACGUAGUGUAAUAUGUGAGAACUCAAGGUUGCUGCUUCGGAGAUGUUAGCUGCAGUGUGUGGUUAGAUGUUUCAGAAGUUGUGGGCGUUAAUUGGCACAUCAAAACAUAUUGUGUAAAUCAGCAGUGAGUUCCAGCUAAUUCUGUGUUUUCGUAUGAUUCAUAAAUCAACAGGCCGGUGUGAAAUGAUUGUGCUAUUGUUUGGAUCAUUUGGCAAUAAAGUACUUUUAAGCGCGCCUUUGCGCACAUUUAACCCAACUAUUUUGUACUUAGAAAUAUUUUUAUACAAACAUUUCUUGCAGGGACUUUUUCAUACAUGUAAUUAUUUUGUUUAAUUUUGAUCUUUAUAUCCCCACUCUCCACUAAUCACAUGUAUUAAAAUAGUGCCGUUCUGUCCCUUUGCUCUCCAAUUCUCGCACCGUUUAAUUUGAAAAGGAGGAAACCACAAACACCACAUUACGCAUGUUUCUAACCCUUUAAGUGUAACAUUACACCGAGGCUCUGGACGCUCUCUGGCAUUACAGCGAAUUUGUUGAUGGUAGUGAUGAUGGCAACAUAUAGACCCAUACAAGUGAUAACGGUGGUGUAAAUAAUAAACGGGUUAAACGGCAGGAUGGGUGAAGAGACGCGGGCAUGUGACAUCCGUGCGUCACCAGGAAAAUAAAAAAUAAAUUAAAAGUCUUUUAGGCACACAAAAAGACUCUUAUUCAGCGAAAUGAACUUUAUUCAAAUUAUUUAUUGUGUAUUUUUGUAUUUUAUUUUUGGUUCUUUAAUUUGGCACACACUGCUUUUUAUUUUAAGAGUCUAGGUCUACCAUUAAAUUAAAAACUGUUUCUAAUUCAUCUUUAGAUCAGUUUUCUACAGCGUAUUUACAACAACACAACAGUGGUCUGUAACUGCAACUAAAGAGAUAGUUUUGGAAAUAAAAAUGUACUUUUUUUGUCAGUAUGGUAAGAAAAUCUUAGUUGAUAAAUAAAGUUUGGAUUUUUAAAGAAAUAAUUUCACUUGAAAUGAUUUAAUUGGGCUUUUCAUGAAUUAUAUUUUGCCUGUACUGUGUCGAUUUAUUUCUCAUUUAAGUAGUGUGCGUAAUGCUGUGUUAUAUCAGUUAAAUUCUAAUUUUCAAAUGUGGAUUUUAAUAUAUAUAUUUUUUUAAUGCGGAUGAGACGUUCAGAGAAUAAGACUUAUGUCUGGAUCACAAAAUGUGUUUCAAAAAGCAGGAUAAAGCCACAUUCAGUAAUCCUUAAAUAUGGCAAAGGCGCACGAAGAAUCUCGCCUUUUACGCACGGGUUUAACACACUUAAAAAACAUGGAAUAUAACUCCCAUUUUGCUGACGCAACUUUUUUCAGUCUUCAAGUUUUGUUUGUAAAAUAAAUGCAACUUUGAAGUGGAAAAUGAUCAAAUUAAAGACAAAAGCAAAAGUCUGCUAGAGCCGAACAGGAGAAAAUGCACAUAAUGUCACUUGUUUGGGUGUAAUCUGAGCUCUCAGCUGCAGAGUUUCUUUAUUACUGUGGUGGUUAAAUGUGUUUUGGUGAGCAGUAGUGGUAGGGUGCUUACGUGUCCUAUAAAAUACCUCGUAAAAUAAGCUUUCCAAAAACAUACUGUAUCGUUUGGGGGAACCAGAGUAGGUUUUAACUGCAGGAGCAGAGGCAGCAGAAGCAGACACAUCAGGGUAGGAUCUAGUUAAAUAUAUUUUAAUAGUCAUUCAUUCAUAUUUUCUGUCUCCCAGAUAACAGAUCUCAGUCAUAACUUGAUCAUUCUUAGCUUUAAAACUAGAGGUUGUUAUAGGAGAGCGGGUGAGUAUUUAAUGACCAAAGGGAUUGAUUUAUCCUUUAUUGUUCAGCCUUUAUGAUCACGUGCGCCUGCUACCCAAUGGCAAGGCAGCUUGGCUCCCCAUUACUAGCCCACUGUAGUUCUCUGUGGGGCCAAGUUGCUACUUGAUUUCUCCACAUUGUUAUUUUGUGAGGCUGGGUUUACUGCGUGUAUGUGUGUGUGGUGUGUGUGUUUUACUUUUGCAUGUAUCUCGCUGUAUGACUGCGUACAUGUGAACGUAUCAUUUUUCUGCCAUGUCGACAUCCGGAACACUGACUAGUUACUACGUCGAUUCCCUCAUUCUGCCCGAGAGCGAGGAGCUCUCUGUGCCGAGAUACCCCUCCGGUCCUGGGCUCCAGCACAGCCGUCAGACCACCUCCUCCAUCGGCGACCACAGCGAGCUCGGAACCUGCACCUUCCCGUCCAAACCCCCGGUGUUCGGACCGACAUGGAGCCACGUCCCCGCUCAGUUCCCCGGCACCGUCUCCUCUGUGUAUCACCACCACUAUGGGCAUCCCCAAGGCCCGGUGGGUGCAGACACAGACGGCCGCUAUCAGUCGUGGCUUCUGGAGCCAAUGUCCGGUUCUCUUCCCAUGGCCGGAUUACCCACAAGCCAUCACUACGGAAUCAAACCGGAGGGUCUUGGGGCGCGAGCUGACGGCGCGCUGCCCGGCUCCCACACGGCGCUGCUGCUCUCUGAUUAUGCAAACGGCACGGUGGCCACGGCAUCACCGGGGGAGAAGGACGCACUGUCCGGCCAGGCAGGGGACAUGAGCGGGGAGACCGAGGAAAAACCGGGCCUCGAUCCAAAUAACCCAGUGUCCAACUGGCUCCACGCGAGUGCCACAAGAAAAAAGCGCUGUCCGUACACCAAGCACCAGAUCCUGGAGCUGGAGAAAGAGUUCCUCUUUAACACCUACCUGACAAGGGACCGUAGGUACGAGGUGGCGAGGCUGCUAAACCUCACCGAGAGACAGGUUAAAAUCUGGUUCCAGAACCGCAGGAUGAAGAUGAAGAAGUUUAAUAAAGACGGCGCACCGAAAGACGAGUGACUGAGCUGUAGUGAUUCAGUAUUUUAGGCUGUUAGUGAGCUUUGUGUGUGGAAGCUCUUAACCCUGCUGGACCUUGUUUUUAAACUUCAUUGUCUUAUUGUUCUAUAUAACAGAAGCUGUUAGGCUUAUUUGUCUUGUAAAAAAAAAGCAUGUUGGGCUUCAUUUUGAUGCGACUACCUUUAUAUUGCACAAUUUUAACAGUGCCCAUUCGUUUUUUUAUUUCUCUUAUGUUGAUUUUUUAAAAUAAUACCUCGUUAAAGUGUAUUAGUUGGCCUGGUCCCUGUGCUUGUUUGUGUAUGGAUGUUUUUAGCUGUGUUCGUUCUGGUUUGUAGCUCUAUUUGUUGUCUGUCUCAGAGCCAUCUGAGCGUAUAGUUUGUACAAUGUAUUAAUUUUAUUGUUGUGUUUCUCUCUCACUGCUAGAACUAUGACUGAUGACCAUGAGUUUGAAUCUAACAUUGGAAACAUGGAAAAAAGCGCAUUUUAAAGUAGGUGCUAAAACGUCAGAAACCUCCUUAAAAAUGCUCCAAAUUAAAAUGUUCUAGAAGCUAUUUUACAUGACUACCUAUGUCCUUCAACUACCUACAAUAACCUUUAUUUCUGAUGGCGGAUUCUUGUAGAUUUGCUUGCUUUAGAUGCUGAACUAUGAAUUUCAGGGAGUAGCUAACAUGUUAAAAGUACAUAAUGUUUGUUAGUGAGAGAAAAUUAACUCCAAACACUGUAGGCUACUUAUUGAUUACCUCACGGUCUGCUGA